CCAGGACUGUCCAGAGGAGAAGGUCCCGGAGAACCCUCAGAUGAUAAAUCAGGGGGAAGAUCUGACUGAUAUUAAAGUGGAGGUUGAAGAGCGGAUGAUGGGCGAUCCCCCAUGUAAGAUUGAGGUGGAGGAGAACAUUCCAGGAGAUGUCACCACAGAAGAUAACAGUAAGAACUUUGAGGGAAACUUCAUGUUAUCACUAAAUUAUAAAGUAGAAGAUGAAGAUAUCAUGCCGCGCUCUUCAGGAGAAAACCUCAAUACCCUUAAUGUAUAUGCAGGACUUCACAGUACAGAUCUAUCAUAUAAUCACCCUAAUCAUGAGGAGGCUUCUCCUUACCGAUCACACAUUGUUAACACAAGUACAGGUCAGAAAGGGAGAAAACGGUUUCAACGUGAUAGAGAGUCCGCAAACAGAUUAAGUCUUUCCAUUCCCAGGCAAAUUCUCACAGGGGAUAAGUUAUGCUCCUGUUCAGAAUGUGGGAAGUGCUUUACAUAUAAAUCCCAUCUUGUUAGACAUGAGAUAAUUCACACAGGAGAGAAGCCAUACUCUUGUUCAGAAUGUGGAAAAUGUUUUACACAGAAAUCAAAGCUUUUUACACAUCAGAGAAGUCACACAGGAGAGAAGUUGUAUUCAUGUUCAGAAUGUGGGAAAUGUUUCAUUGAUAAAUCAAGUCUUGUUGCACAUGAGAGAAUUCACACAGGUGAGAAGCCCUAUUCAUGUUCAGAAUGUGGGAAAUGUUUUACACAGAAAUCAAACCUUGUUACACAUCAGAGAAUUCACACAGGAGUGAAGCCAUAUUCCUGUACAGAAUGUGGAAAAUGUUUUACAGAUAAAUCAAGUCUUCUUACACAUGAGAAAAUGCACACAGGGAAGACGCCAUAUUCCUGUUCAGAAUGUGGGAAAUGUUUUAAAGAUAAAUCAAGUCUUUUUAUACAUGAGAGAUGUCAUAGAAAGGAGAAGCCGUAUUCAUGUUCAGAAUGCGAGAAAUGUUUUACACAGAAAUCACAUCUUGUUACACAUCAGAGAAGUCACACAGGAGAAAAGCCAUAUGUAUGUUCAGAAUGUGAGAAAUGUUUUACAGAGAAAUCAAGUCUUGUUACACAUAAGAAAAUGCACACAGGAGAGAAGCCAUAUUCAUGUUCAGAAUGUGGAAAAUGUUUUAGAGAUAAAUCAGGUCUUGUUAAACAUGAGAGAAUUCACACAGGAGAGAAACCAUAUAUAUGUUCAGAAUGUGGGAAAUGUUUUACACAGAAAUCAAAGCUUGUUAUACAUCAGAGAUUUCACACAGGAGAGAAACCGUAUUCCUGCGCAGAAUGUAGAAAAUGUUUUAAACAAAAAUCACAUCUCAUUAUACAUCAGAGAUUUCACACCGGAGAGAAGCCAUAUUCAUGCUCGGAAUGUAGAAAAUGUUUUGCACAAAAAUCACAUCUUGUUAAACAUCAGAGAAGUCAUACAGGAGAGAAGCCAUAUUCAUGCUCACAAUGUGGAAAAUGCUUUACACACAAAUCAAAUCUUGUUACACAUCAUAGAAGUCACACAAAAGAGCAACCAUACUCAUGUUCAGAAUGUGGGAAAUGUUUUACUGCUAAAGCCAAACUUAUGAAGCAUCAGAGAAGUCACACAGAAGAUCAGCUGUUUUAAUAUUUUAUAUGUGGAAGAUGUUUUGUAAGAAAAUAAAAUUCUAAAACUCGGAUCACAAGAAACUAUAUUAUUUUUUAGAAUAUGGGAAAUAAUUUUCACCCCAUGUUAUACAAAGGCUACAUGGCAAUGUGUCACACCACAGUCUCGGGAUAGUCCCGCAAGUGGUCUACAAAUUGCUGUUGUGCAGCUAUUUUAGAUCUGAGAUAUGGCUGUAAAACAAAAUCAUCCAAAUUGCAGAAAAGUCACAAUCAAAUUGCAGCCGCAUGUGAUCUACAUUGUGUUCUAUGAUGGCAAAAUCACAUAUGGCCUGUGACCAAAAAUCCAAGUGUUGGAUUAUUCGUGACUCUCAUGUUGUAACCCUAUUGACUAUUAUUGGAUUCAGUGUCACAAUACAACAUUGAGAUUUUUA